GCCAUGUGGGUUUAGCAGACUAAGAAGCAAAACCACACUUCCGAAAAUGUUAGGAGCUGCUCUUCACUUACUGUGGGGCCUCUGGGUUAGGAGCUGUAAAAUUUGAUUUUUCAAAUCAAAGCAUAUCCACUGAAUGGAAUUGUAGUAUUUUGCUGUCGUUUUGAUGUUUUCCUCUGGGCUUCUUCAGUUCUACCAGACACUUCCUGCGAGAAUGGGGGCAGGAGCGCUCGCCGUCUGUCAAAGUAAAGCGGCGAUGCGGCUGAAAGAAGACAUGAAAAAGAUAGUGGCAGUGCCACUCAGUGAGCAGAGGAAUUCGACCUAUAAGAAGCUGUUUGGCGUGAGUCUCCAAGACCUUCAGCAGCAGGGGCUGACUGAGAACGGCAUUCCAGCCAUAGUGGGGACGAUAGUGGAAUACUUGACGAAGCAUGGACUCACCCAGGAAGGCCUUUUUAGGGUGAACGGCAACGUGAAGGUGGUGGAACAACUGCGCUUGAAGUUCGAGAGUGGAGUGCCCGUGGAGCUCGGGAGGGAUGGCGAUGUCUGUGCGGCAGCCAGCCUGCUAAAGCUCUUCCUGAGGGAGCUGCCGGAGAGCGUGAUCCCCUCAGCUCUGCGUCCUCGACUCAUCCAGCUCUUUCAGGAUGACAGAAACGAUGCUCAGGAGAGUGGCUUAAGAGACUUAAUAAGAGAACUGCCAGACGCCCACUACUGCCUCCUCAAGUACCUGUGCCAGUUCUUGACAAAAGUAGCCAAGCACCAUGUGCAGAAUCGCAUGAAUGUUCACAAUCUCGCCACUGUAUUCGGGCCAAAUUGCUUUCAUGUGCCACCUGGGCUUGAAGGCAUGAAAGAACAAGACCUCUGCAACAAGAUAAUGGCUAAAAUACUGGAGAAUUACAAUACCCUCUUUGAAGUGGAAUAUACAGAAAAUGAUAACCAGAGGUGUGAAAGCUGGGCCAGGCUUAUCAUAGUAAAAGAGGCCAGUUGUAAGAACUCCUUGCCCAUCCUUCUAACAAAAGACAUAGAGAGAGAUAUGCAAAAAACGUCUCCAAAAACCAGGAUCCCAGAGUCCGGGAGUGAGGGAUCUAUUAAGGCCCACGGGGUACCUCAGCCAGAGCUAUCUGAUGGCGUUCCUCAGGUCAGCCUACGGCUAAGUCGUAGAAAACUCUGCUGGGGUGACAUGAAUUCAGCAGAGGACGCUAAUGGUGCCAAGUCAGUAUCCAGUUUGCAGGAAGAUGAAAGACCUAUGUCACCUUUCUAUUUGAGUACCCGUGUAUCCCAAGUGAACAAUGUUUCGACAACUGGAGAACUCUUAGAAAGAACCAUCCGGUCAGCUGUAGAACAGCAUCUUUUUGAUGUUAAUAGCUCUGGAGGCCAAAGUUCAGAGGACUUGGAAUCUGGAACAUCAUCAGCAUCUUCCACCACAUCCACCAGACAGCGGCGACGCCCAUCCAAGGAGCAGGAUGAAGUUCUAUGUGGCAGAGACCUGGGACUUAUCAACAAAGAAAAUAUUCCUUCUGGGUUCAGCAACCUUGACGAUUGUAUUUUGAAUGCUCAGGAAGUGGAAAAAUUACAUGAAAAUACUUCCAGUUAUAUUGGAGAAGGGGGCAAACCCAAACGUCAGAAAUCCAGUCCCAAACUUUCUGAGCUCAAUGAAAAUCAAGAUGGUCUUGUGAAUAUGGAAAGUCUCAAUUCCACACAAUCUCAUGAGAGGGCUGGACCUGAUGAUGAUGAACUGAUGUCCGAUGAAAGCAAAGAAAAUGAAAAAGGUGGCGGACACACCCAGCAUUUUGAGAGCCCCACAAUGAAGAUUCAGGAGCAUCCCAGCCUACCUGACACCAAGCUGCAGAGGACCCAAGAUGCCAAUGACCAGCAGGAAAGCUUUGUCUCCGAAGUGCCCCCGCUGGACCUGACUGCAUUGUGUGAUGAGAAGAGCUGGGAAGAGCCCAUCCCUACUUUCUCCUCGUGGCAGCAGGAGAACGUGGACUCGGACGAAGCACACCUCUCCCCACAGGCUGGGCGCCUGAUUCGUCAGCUUCUGGACGGAGACAGCGACCCAAUGCUCUCUCCUCGGUUCUACGCUUACGGGCAGAGUAGGCAAUACCUGGAUGACACGGAAGUGCCACCUUCUCCCCCAGAUUCCCAUUCUUUCAUGAGGCGGCGGAGCUCCUCCCUGGGGUCCUACGAUGAUGAGCAAGAGGACCUGACACCCGCCCAGCUCACACGAAGGAUUCAGAGCCUUAAAAAAAAGAUCCGAAAGUUUGAAGACCGAUUCGAAGAAGAGAGGAAGUACAGACCUUCCCACAGUGACAAAGCAGCCAAUCCAGAGGUUCUGAAAUGGACAAAUGACCUUGCCAAAUUCCGAAAACAACUUAAAGACUCGAAACUAAAAAUAUCUGAAGAGGACCUAACCCCCAGGAUGCGGCAGCGAAGCAACACCCUACCCAAGAGUUUCGGUUCCCAACUUGAGAAAGAAGAUGAGAAGAAGCAAGAGUUGGUAGAUAAAGCAAUAAAGCCCAGCGUUGAGGCCACGCUGGAAUCGAUCCAGAGGAAGCUCCAGGAGAAGCGGGCGGAGAGCAGCCGUCCUGAGGACAUUAAGGAUAUGACCAAAGACCAGAUUGCGAAUGAAAAAGUGGCUCUGCAGAAAGCUCUGUUAUAUUAUGAAAGCAUUCAUGGACGGCCGGUAACCAAGAAUGAACGGCAGGUGAUGAAGCCACUCUAUGACAGGUACCGGCUGGUCAAACAGAUCCUGUCCCGGGCCAACACCAUACCCAUCGUUGGUUCCCCCUCCAGCAAGCGGAGAAGCCCUUUGCUGCAGCCAAUUAUCGAGGGCGAAACUGCUUCCUUCUUCAAGGAGAUCAAGGAAGAAGAAGAGUGCUCAGAGGAUGACACCAAUACAAAGCCAGACUUCACAGUCACUCUGAAGACUGAUUUCAGUGCACGUUGCUUUCUGGACCAAUUUGAAGAUGAUGCUGACGGGUUUAUUUCCCCAAUGGAUGAUAAAAUGCCAUCAAAGUGCAGCCAGGACACCGGGCUUUCAAAUCUCCAUGCUGCUUCAAUACCUGAACUCUUGGAACACCUCCAGGAAAUGAGAGAAGAAAAGAAAAGGAUUCGAAAGAAACUUCGUGAUUUUGAAGACAAUUUUUUCAGGCAAAAUGGAAGAAAUGUCCAGAAGGAAGACCGCACUCCUAUGGCUGAAGACUACAACGAAUAUAAGCACAUAAAGGCAAAACUAAGGCUCUUGGAGGUGCUGAUCAGCAAGAGAGACACUGAUUCCAAGUCCAUGUAAGGGCAGCCCCAGCCCUAGCCGAGGGGGCUGGGGACGCGGAGUCAAUUUGCCACCUGCCCCCCCGGGUAAAUAGCAGCUCUGCGGAAACUGGAAGGCAGCCGUGGAGCUGGACCUGCAAAGCAUGUAGCCCUUCUGCCUCCAGGCCGUUGGGAUUGGCUCCAGUUUCCAUCGCCUACCUUAGAAACCGUCCAGGUGGAAGAAGGCAACUCACCCUGACUUAAGAAUUUUGUAAGGGAAAGUCAGGAUCCCUGCGUGCCUCCGCGUGUGCACGCACCCACACACAGGCGCUGUAGUGGAAGUUUUACUAACACUAGCAGUGAUGAAUCACUACAUUGAGACACACUCAUCUACAGAGAAUACACACUGUUCUUCCCUGGAUAACUGAGAAGCAUGAAACCAUUCUCUGUCUAACUGUGAUAAAAACAAGCUCAGGACUUCAUUCUGUAGAGCGAACGUGCUGUGCAGGCCCGUGUUCUCUUUGGACCCAGUCAAGUGGGAACAUGCAUCGGAGCCCUGUUUGCUGCCAUGGCCAUUCUUGUGACCUUUCCCCAGAGCCGCACCUUUACCCGCUCAUGUGAACUGUUCCCUUUCAGCUCUCAGGUAGAUGAAGCUACAUCUGCCCAGAAUGGCAGGGCAAACAUCUACUUGAAGGUGUGUUUCUUCAGGACUUCCUCAGCUGACAGGAUUUUGAUCCCUGACUAGGGCUGGAUCAUCUGUAGAGGACAGAGAGAAUAUAGCAGUAGCUAUGUUAAUGCUGAUUUUUAAAUCAGGUAACAGGGUGAAGAGCCUGGAGGAUUCUUUGCUACACAUUGACUGCACUUAUCAGUCUCAGAUUUUAACAUCCGACACUAAGCGAGGACAGCUUGCCAUGGCAAACUGUAGGGGGCUUAGUUUCAUUUUGGCGCUAGCCAGACAUAGGGUCUUGCUUUUAAUUCCUAGCUUAAGUGUAGAGGAUUGUGAGAGAGGGAGAAAGAGCCUGUGUUCUCAGCCUCCUGAGGACUUAGCAGAGUUUAAUUUUUUUUUUAAAGGAAGCCUGCACUAAAAUCCCCUAACUGAGGGGUAAAUGUAGCCCUCAGAGCUCAGCCCAAGGCAGAAUCUAAAAGCACGCUCUUUUCAAGAUCGUGUAUAAAGAGAACAAAUAAUGGGGUAUGGCCAAUUAUGAUUGUAAUUUUUGCAAAGACUGUGUCACAAAGCUGUCCAUAUUAGACAUUUUGGAGGGACCAGGAAUUUAAGACACCAAAUGAUGCAUCUCUGUAGUGUGCUGACGUCACUUUGUGAUUUGUCCUUACUCUCUGAGGGUCUGUGUCUGCACUGAGGAAGGCGGGCUCUCAUUCUGCCUGUCCAUCCCAGGCCCACCUGUGUGCUUGGUGAGGUCGAGCACAGGUAUCUGCACACCAGCUACUGAUGCCAAGAGAAGGCAUUGAGCAGGCUCUGCCUUUUGAAGGUAAUGUCGCAGGAUGAACAGGACAGCAGGGAUGCCCUCCUGUAUGUUUUGAGACUUGCCUUCUUAAAGGGUACCAUUUUGUUUUGUUUAAUAAUAAUAAGAAAAUAAAGAGAUUGUAAAACUCUACUGACUACUUGUCAGUUUCAAAAAAAAAAAUGGGUUCUUGAGAAACUGAUCAGCUUGGAUUUCUAGCAGCAUUUUCCAUUGCUGAAGUGAGAGAGCAGCCUCUGUUAGCAGAAAAUCAUUUAAGUCAGGAGUAGGGGAAAAAGAAUACCUUUAAGUUUGCUGUUAAAAAUAAUCAUAUAGAAGCAUGAGCUAUGUGUUGGAAAUGCCCUGGUUUACUCCACACACUGAAAGACAGUACCU